AUGGCCAUUGCUUCUGCCGCGCUGCGAUACGCUCCUCCUCGCGCGUCGUCGGCAACGCUUGAGCGAACGUCGAGAGCGCGGGAAAAGGGAAGUGCGGGAGGCAGCAGCAGAGCGACAGGAGAAUGGCAAGUGUUGGGAUUAAAGGGGUCUUAUCAUGGCGAUACGAUUGGAGCGAUGGAUGCUUGCGAACCUAGCACCUACUCUCAAGCGGUGCAUUGGUAUCGCGGAAGAGGAGCAUGGCUGGAUCCGCCAGCAGUGUCCAUCAUCGAUGGCGAGCCGACGAUUACGCUGCCGAGUGGCGAAAAGAGGCGAUACGCUUCGCUAUCGAGCGUGUACGAUGUGGAAGAGCGUAUGCGGACCGACGAGCUUUGGCGGCGAUACACUACGGAACUGCGCGCAUGGUUGGAAGGUUUGGUGCUGGUGGAAGGAAGACGGUUUGGAGCGCUCAUCAUCGAACCGUUGGUGCUGGGUGCGGGAGGCAUGAUCUUUGUGGAUCCGCUGUUCCAGCGAGCACUCAUCGAUGUGGUCAGGGGAGCAGAAGACCUGUUCAGUCUGAGCGAACCACCGCUCAAGGAUGCCAAGGUGGGCGCAAAUUCCGACAGCUCAAGGGAUGCGCACGAAUGGCGAGGCUUGCCAGUCAUUUUCGACGAGUGAGUCUGGCGUGCGCGCGUGUGUGCGCGCGCGCGCAGUCAGUGUCUUCCACAUGCUGACUAGAAUGUUUCUCGCGCGCGCGCGCGCGCACGCAGGGUGUUUACGGGACUUUGGAGGUUGGGUCACAGCACGCCGGCAAAGAUUCUGCGCACGACGCCGGACAUUAGCUGCCUGGCGAAGAUUUUGACGGGCGGGUUGGUGCCGAUGGCAGUGACGUUGGCCUCUCGCAGCAUCUUUUCCACGUUCAAUCAGAGCGAGAACAAGGCGGAUGCGCUGCUUCAUGGACACAGCUAUACGGCUCAUCCGGUCGGUUGCGAAGUGGCUUUCGAAGCGAUUGCGAGGAUAUCGCACAUGCAAAAGAGGAGCGAAUUGUGGCGAGAAGCGCAAUGGGAUUGGAGCAGCGACGGGGAGAGGGAAACUUUGCACUCGCCUUCUUACGCACCCGUCUGGUCCUUUUGGAGUCGUGCGGCCGUGCAACGUCUUUCGCGCGCUCGACGAGUAGACAGCGCAAUGACUCUCGGAUGCGUCCUUGCCCUAUCCAUCCGAGACGAUGUGGGAUCGGGGUCAGGCUACACUUCCACAGCUUCGGUGGACAUUGUCAACAAAUUGAGGAGCGCCGCGCGAUUGGGUGGUGGUGGUGGUGGUGUGGCGUUUGAUAUUCAUGCUAGACCUCUCGGCAACGUCAUCUACCUCAUGUGUUCCCUCAACACGCCCGAGCUGGUCAGAAGAGAGGCGGAGAAUGCGCUCAUCGGUGCGCUCGAGGCGUAG